AUGAGCGACCCCCUGAGCAUUGCCACCGGCCUCAUAGCCUUGAUUCAAGUAACGACCGAAGCGACCGAGUAUCUCAAAGAUGUCAAAGACGGCGGCAGAGAGCGCACAAAGCUGCGAGAUGAGCUGCGCAGCGUGACAUGUCUCUUGGAAAUGCUCCAUGAUCGCGUCGAAGACCAGGGCGAAUCCGAGAACGAAGACGGCCUGAAGCCUGCCGCGAUGGCAGCGUUGGCAGGCCCGGACGGACCUCUGGCGAGGAUGAAGGCCACCAUGGAAGACAUCGUGUCAAAGCUGGCACCUCAAGCUGGCUUUCGCAAACUUGUCCAGCCGACAAUUUCCAAGCUUACCAGCGAAAAGGUUCACCAGGUCGGCAGGCAGCUCGAGGACAUGGACCUUGAAGCCAGAGUUCAAGAGGCGGAGAAAAUUCUUUGCUGGAUCAUGUCCAGCCUGGCACCGGUAAAUGAGCGCUCAAGGAAUAUGUCUUUAAGGUUCCUUCUCGCAGCGCUCAACUUGGAUUUCCUCUCCCGCAAGCUCACACGUCGAGAUGUUCGCUCUUCCCUGUCAAUUUUGCCCAAGACGCUUGAUGCAACAUAUGAGCAAGCACUCGAGAGAAUUCGUACCCAGGCAGAGGAAGAUGUCGAACUAGCCGAGACAAUCAUUCUGUGGAUCCUAUGUGCCCGACGACCCCUAGAUGUUCACGAGCUCCAGCAUAUGUAUGCGAUCCACCUUCUUACCCGCGACGAGGGUCCAAAUGCCGAGGCCAUUUUGCUUGAAGAUGACGACCUGCCACCUGAAGAUAUUAUCACCGGUGUUUGCGGUAGUUUGAUCGUGGUCGACAGCACCUCCAAGACAGUCAGGCUAGUUCACUACACGGCCCAGGACUAUCUCAACCGCACAUUCGGAGGCCAUCUGCAUGAGCCGCGAAUGGAACUCACGAGAAUCAGCCUAGAAUACCUGCAGCUUCUCAACUUUGAAGAAGGACCUGCCUUAUCAGACAGCGUGAUGGUGGAGCGAUUGGCCAACUUCCCAUUUCUGGACUACGCCGCCAAAUACUGGGGAGCUGAACUCCAGGCGUUGCAAAUCGAGGAGAUCUGGGAACCCGUCAAUCGCUUUCUAUCGAACGACGUCGCCGUCAGCGUGGCAACGACAAGGAAACCGCGCUCAUCAGAUCAGCUCGACUAG